AUGAGUGCAGGAUCGCGAAGCGCUCAACCAGGCGGCUGCUGCGUCCCGCCGGUGGCGCUCCUAGCCCCAGCCGCGAGGGCUCGGAGUAAAGCUGCCGCCGGAGCUGCUGUUGCUGCUGCUACUGCUCCUGCCAAUCUUUCGGCCCGGGCUGCAGCAGCUCCGCCACCCGCGGAGGACGGACGUGCCGCUGGCCCCGGCGGCGGGCAAGGGCUCCAGGGGGCGGGAGAGGCCGGCUCCCGGGAAACGGGACCGCAGCCUGGCUCUCCCGGCUUCUUAGCCUCCGCCACCACCGCGGCGAGAAGACUCUUCUCCUCCUCGAGGAGCAGAGACCCGCGAUCCAGAGGAGCCGAGCUAAGCUGCGGCAGCCAGGGAAGGAGGAGCCGAGCUCCGCUCCGCUCCGCAAGCCGGCGGCGCUGCGCCCUGAAGGAGCCGGCUCCCGUGUGCAGCCCGGGAGGGGGGAGGGGUGGUGACGGGGGAGGGGGCGGCGCGGGGCCGGGGAGGGAGGAGGAACUAGGGAGGAGGGAGCCCGCGAGCCAGCUCCACUCCUUCCUUCUCCUACUCCCCUCCCGUCUUUCUGGAUUGCGCUCUGGACGCCUCCCGGAAGCUAAGAGCUCGGAUCCCAACCUGCACAGUCGGCUAGUCUCUUUUCCUCCCCCCACCCUACCCAGCCCUCUAAGCUCCCGCCCCGGGACUCGGGCUCGCGCCUCCUCCUCCUCCUUCUCCUCCCCUCCCUUCCCGAGGUGUAGGUACAACAGCGGUGACGGCGGCGGCGGCCGCACCUGCUGCUCCCGGCUCCUGAGCGGCAGCGCCACCUCCAGUCCACCGCGUGCCUUCUGCGGGAUUGGGGGGCAAGUGGAGGGAGGGGGGCAGAAGGAUGGCGAAUGGAACACCCUGCUUCUGCCCAAUCCUAGGAACGGUGCUCCCCUCCCCCCCCCAAAAAAAAAACUCCCAACGCUGAUACCUCCUUUUCUAUUCGCAGAAGUGCCAGCAUCUGAAAGGAGACAGUGGCCAGAUGAGAAAGAAGGAGGCCCGCUCCCGUCUCAAGGAUUCCAGUUAAACUUUUGCCCAAACUGUUUCUUUCUCAGGUUUUGAUCUGAUGCAAGACAUUUGAAGGAGUUUGUGGAUAGGAGCUCACUGCACUACUUCCUACCAUCCUACCAUCUUAGGUCUGGCCCUCAAAUCCAGUUUUCUAUAUGAUACAUUGUAAUCAAGUCAUGAGUGAUUAAAAACAGAGAAAAAAUAAAUGAUUUUUUAAAAAGAC